AUGACAUAAUUAAAAGAUUUUGAAAUAAUAAAUACAUUGGGUGAAGGUUCAUAUUCUUAAGUUUAUAAAGUUAAAAGAAAAUCAGACAGCCAAAUAUAUGCUAUGAAAAAAGUAUAAAUGAACUAAUUAAAAUAGAAAGAAAAGUAAAAUGCAUUAAACGAAGUUCGAAUAUUAGCUUCAAUAAGUAAUAAGCAUAUAAUAAAUUACAAAGAAGCAUUUAUAGACGAGCCAAGUCAACUUCUUUGUAUAAUAAUGGAAUAUGCUGAAUUCGGGGAUUUACAAGGAAUGAUAAACACUCAUAUAAAAAAUAAGACUUAUUUCUAAGAAUAAUAAAUUUGGGGCAUAAUAGUAGAUUUAACAAAAGGUUUAAAAGCAUUACAUGAUAUGAAUAUUUUGCAUAGAGAUUUAAAAAGUGCAAAUAUUUUUAUUACAAAAGAUAAAAUAUAUAAAUUAGGUGAUCUUAAUGUUUCUAAAGUAGCUAAAAAUGGAUUUGUAAAUACUUAAACAGGAACACCGUAUUAUGCAUCGCCUGAAGUUUGGAGAGAUGAGCCUUAUAAUAGCAAAAGUGAUAUUUGGUCUUUGGGCUGUGUAUUAUAUGAAGCUUGUGCUUAAAGACCUCCUUUUACAGCAAACGAUAUGGAAGGAUUAUUUAAUAAAAUUUAAAAAGGUAGAUUUGACAGAAUUCCUUUUAGGUUAACUUCGUGGAAUGCUUCCAAAUUCAAAAUAUGA